AUGCCACCAAAGAGAGUUGCCGGUCGCUCCAAUAAGGGCUUUGUCAGCUCUACCUACGAAGCCUUCACAUCCCCCGAAAACGCCUCUGUCGUACGAAGCGUAGCACUUUUCGGCGCCGCAGUUGCUUUCCUAGCCAGUCCCUGGAGCGAAUAUCUUCUUCCGCCGUAA